UAACCACCUGUGAUAUCUGUUUACCAUGAGUCCAGCUAUCUAAGAAGAAAGGAAAAAGCAGAUUUGGAUCUACCAAACUGCAUGACCUCCCACAGGAUCCCUUUGACAUACUGAUGACCACCCACUUUCUCCAGGUAUUGAUGUGUGAUCUGGGGGAUGGUGACAGCUUUCUUCAUUACUUGACUCGAUUUGAAGAUUCUGAUAAGGUUCAUAACCUGUUGCUGUGGAGGAACCUGAAGUUAUAUGAGACUGCCUGUGAGCAGCAGGCAAGCCAGCCUGAACGCCGCCAUAUUGCCUGGCAGAUAUUUCACAUAUUUCUGGCACCUAAUGCUAAAUGCAAUACAGGGCUUAGCUCCCAUAUGCCAGAAUACAUCCAGAAUCUUGAGAAGCUGCUUUGCUUUGGCUGUGGAGAUCUGACAGCUUCCACUCUUGAACCACUAUCUCACUAUGUGCUUGCUGUUCUGGGUGGGGUAUGGCUCCAUUACCUUCGUCAUGAAAUAGCAACCUUCCUAGAGAACUGUGUACUGGCAUCUUACUUUGCUACCCAAAGUAGUGGGAGCGAAAAUGGCAGAGUAAAACUGGAGACAAAUGAGAGCAUAAAGAAGCAGCAGAGACAGGAUGCUUGGGUUCAUGAUGCGGAAGGCCCAGGGCUGCACAGGAAAAGGCACAGGAAGAAGGCAGUCCUCAAGCCUCAACACAUAGGCAGUACUGACCAAGAGACCGCAGAAAAGCCCUCAACUCCCAAAUCUCAACAAGCAGGCAGUGCUGACCAUGAAACCAGAGAAAGGUCACUAACCCCUGAAAAUGCACUAGACCUUCUUGGCAACGCAGUUGUGUUAAAGGUUUAUAGGAAGGCAGCUCAAAAAAUGCAGGAUGAGGAACUGCAAAGAAUUCUGAGACUGCUGCAGGAAGUAGAAGCUUGUCAGAAUGAACCACAGAGCAAGAAGGGUCUGGCCUGCAUGCUGAAACUUCUAAAUACUUGGGACCAGCUAGGGGCUGUUGGGUCAAGAGCUUGUUUCCCAGAAGACCUGAAGAUGCAGCUCAAGGAAGAGGUGGCCCAGGGAGAAAUAAGUGACUGCAGCUGGAAUAAAAUCAGAAAUGCCUUGCGUUCAUUCAUUGCCCCUGCUUUUGAGAAGUUCUGGGAGGAGGUGAGUGAGGGGCUGAAGAAGCAUGGGGUGCAACCUUGUCAAAUUCCAGAGGAGCACUGGUAUAAGCUGGAGCCAUUCCUACACUUGUUAGCUGCCAAAGUGGCUCUUAGGAGUUUAAAAAAGCGAAAAGCUAAGGAUGGAUCAGCAGCCACUGCUAAGCCUACCAAGGAAGACAAAGCCUCUUUUUGGCAGGCCCUGAGAUGUGCUGCAGAAGGAUGGCCCACCCUGGAGGUGCUCCAUUUCCUCAAACACCUCCAGGUACAUGGCCCUCCUGUGCUGGAGAGUGGCCUGCAUUUUCUUUUGGAGGUGGAGAAAUUCAAGAACGCCCAUCAUGCCUGGCCUGACCUGGAUCUACUGAAAAAAAAGGUUGUGGUGAUACAUGACUGCUUCCUUGCUUCUCAGAUUGAACCCCGGCUGCAGGUUGCAUUGGAAGCUCAGAGGCUUAGGAGAGCAAUCCAGGCAGCGGAGAAGGCCCUCCAGAAGGAGAUUCCUGUGCCCCCUCCAAGCUUGUUUGAUGAGCUGAAGAGUUCAGUCUUCAACAUCUUGCUGCCCUAUUGGGCGGCCUUCCGAAAGCACUGGCUCAAGCGCUCCCCCACAAGUGCACAGAAAGCUCCAGUGCUGAGAAAUCAGCUGCUCCUCAAAAAGAGACAGACCAAGUUUGAAGGCUCACAGAGGCUGCCACAGUCUCUCCUGCUGCUCCCGCUUCAGCCUCCAGUAGAUGUCCAGAGGACUCAGGAUGGUUUUACCUACAGCUUCUCCAUUAGCAGAGGUCUCAUGCUGCAGGACACCAACAAAGAUAGCACAAGCCACAGUAAAACUAGUUCUAUGUUUGGAAUCAGGAAGAGGUCAAUUGGAUAUCAGUUUCCAUCACUUUCCAGUGUGCCAGCACUGAUCUAAGACAGGAGGAAAGAAGACAUCAUUACAAACAUCCUAAGGCUUUGCUGUUAACACUGAAUAGCAUCAUG